UCCUUCCGCCCGGGUUUCCUCCCCGCCGCCGCCGCCGCCGCCGCAGACCGGCUCCCGGCUCGGCGCGGCGCGGCUCGGCCCGCUCGGCCCCGCCAUGUCGCAGGUGCUGCCCUACGGCGAGGACAAGGUGGGCCGCUACGGCGCCGAGCCCGAGGCGGGGGAGCUGCCCUUCAGCUGCCGCCUGCAGGACACCAACGCCUUCUUCGGGGGCAACCAGGGCAAGCGGCCCCCCAAGCUGGGACAGAUCGGCCGCGCCAAGAGAGUGGUGAUCGAGGAUGACCGGAUAGACGAGGUGCUCAAGGGCAUGACGGAGAAGUCGCCGCCGGGGGUGUAAGCCGGGACCCACCGCCAGGACCCGCCGGCCGUGCCCCGCUCCCAGCCCGCCCGGCCCCGCAUGCUGGCUGCACCGCCGACGAGGAGGGGGAGGCCGAGCCAGUGCCCCCCCUCCCCCGGCCCGGGAGGGGGGCUCUGCGGCCAACACCAACCCCCCCCCAGCCAUGCACUUUACCCCUCCCCCGGGAGAGGGACGACCCGCCGAGCCCCCCGCCCUGGGCAGAGACAUCCCCCCUCUCCCCGGGGCUGCGGGGGUUCCAGCCUCCCGCUCCGCGGCGCGGCCCCCCCCACCCCGGGGCGGCCCUGGCCCCACGAGCGGAGGGGGGAGCGCUGCUGUCCAGAGACAUUUUUUGCUCCAUCGUUUUUUGCAUGAGCUUGGUGGCCCGGGCGCCCGGUGCAGGGGCCGAGGGUCAGCCCCACCACUCCGGCACGCUUCUUUUUAAACAGAAACUCCUCAUAUUUGUAUUUUUAUAUCCGAAUAUUUGUUAAAAACGAUCUGCUGACGUUGAGAUGUUCGAAGCAACCGCACCGAGAAAACAAACACGCAAACGAGAAAAAAAAAAAACAACAAAAACCAAAAAAAAAAAAAAGGUUCAUAUUUUUUUCCGUAAGAAAAAAAAAGACAAAAAAAGAAGAAAAUACCGAGGGGAGGGGGGGAAAUGAAGGGGGCGAGAGCGAUGGAGGGAGCAUGAGGAAAGCCAAAGGGGUGGGGAGGGAGGAGCGCGGGGACCCCCGGUCCGAGCCCCGGCAGCGGGACAGCACCACCGGCCGCCGCAGUGCCCUCCUGGAGCACCGGGCAGAGCCCACCGGGGCAGCGGCGGGCACCGGCCCCUCGUCGAGUGCGGGGGGAGCGGGGGGGCAGGGACCGGCCCGAGUCGUUGUUUUUAAUUUUGUACUUUAAUUUAAUUUUAUUUUUUAAGAGGCUUCUCGGGGGUCUGAUGUGCAUGAGGAACUCGCCAUCUUUUUCACUAACCUGCGAGUGGCAUUUAUGGAGGCUACAACGCAAAAAAAGAAAACCAACCCCACAACACGGCGAAAAAAUCCCAACCAAAAACCAAAACCGAGAAAAAAACAAAAAAAAAAACGUGAAAAAAAGAAAAAAAAAGAAAAAAAAAAAAAAGAUACUCGUGUCAUGAUGUUCUACGAAUGAUCCAUUGUAAAUUUAAAUGCCAUUUUUCACUGUACUGGUGAACAAAAUGCGAUGAAUAAAAUACAUUCAUGUACUGA